AUCAAAGUCAGCAACUAGGUUAACUUGCCAAACAGUACUCAUUUUCAUCAUUCGAAAAACACAAACAAAUAAAAAUGGACCUAAAAAUUGAGGAAAUGGACCUGUACGAAAUCCUGGAAAUAGAGCCCUCAAGCAGUUCGGCCGAGAUUAAGAAAGCCUACAGGAAAAAGGCGCUGCAAUGCCAUCCUGACAAGAAUCCUGACGAUCCUGAGGCUGCCAAGAAGUUUCAUCAGUUAACUAAAAUUCUAGAAGUGCUCACAGACGAAGCUGCAAAGGCUGCCUACGACCGAGUGUUAAAAGGCAAGAAAGAAGCAGUGGUAAGGCACCAAGAGCUAGACAGCAAACGACGUAAACUGAAGGAGGACUUGGAAGCCCGAGAACGACUUGCCGCAGGGGGUUUCAGGAGACAAAAAUCUGAAGCGCAACAACUACGAGAAGAAAUCGACAGAUUGCGCAAAGAAGGCUCGAAGCAAGUGGACGAAGAAAUCCAGAAUGUUUUGCGAUCAUUGAGUGAGGAAAAAAGUCGGAUGCAAAGCCAAGGGAAUGGAGCAGCUUGCCGCGUGAAAAUAAAUUGGAAAGCCGAUAAAAAGGACGAGACAAACGGUGGUUACACGCAGGAAAUGUUGCACAACUUUUUGUCAAAAUAUGGGGACAUUCAAGCGCUGAUUGUGUCAUCCAAGAAGAAAGGCAGUGCGAUGGUGGAGUUUAAGGAGCAGAAAGCUGCUGAAAUGGCUGUGGAUUUUGAAUUGGGGCUGUCAGCGAACCCUUUGAAAUUAUCGUGGGUAAACGGGCCCCCUAAGCACGAUUCGAGUCAAGCCAAAAGUGACCUGAUAAAAGAAACUGACUUUGAGAGUGUUACCUUGAUGAACAUGAGGAGAGCUGAAGAAAGGAAGAAGCUAAUAGAGCAGAUGAUAGCUGAUGACUUGGCGUAGAUGUUUACAUUAUUGUGAAGCAUCACAGCGAGUAAGAAUAGAUGUACAUACUUACAGUAAGUGAUUAAACAAGUGUUUCAUA